AUAUUUUCUGUAACUAGGAAUGCAUAAUGAUUCGUAGUGUAUUCUGUGAGUACCAUUCUGUAACUAACUAAAAAGGUGUUAGAGAACAUACACCGCAAUUUUAAGUAUCACUACGCCAUGGGAACAAACAGUGUUUUAUUAGGAAUAAUAAAUACCGUUAAUACGCAAGCUGAUUGUUUUAAUGAAGAAUUGUUUUUAAAACCUUUACCAAGCGGUCAUAUUUAUGCUUAUUUUCAAUUUACAACGUUAUGGAAAUCAUCAAAUACACCAAAAUCUUUUCAUCACACACAUUUGUUUCCCAGAGGAUUAGGUGAAAUUAUAGGACGUCAUAAAAUAGAUGAAUUGCAUAUUACUUUAACUCAAGGUUUAUGGAAUUAUCAAAAAUGGGGUUAUCCUUUCUAUGAUGCUGGUCCUGGAGCUGAGAUAUAUGCUUGGUUUAAUAAAAAUGUUUCCAACAUUGAUCAAGAAUGGAAGGGAUUUACUAAUGCAUUAUCAGGUUUACUUUGCGUCUCCUUAAAUUUUGUUGAUUUUGCUAACAGUGUAUCACCAAAAUUUACUUUUCGUCCUCGCGGUGUUGUUAAACAAACACCAAAUUCUACUCACUUGCGAUAUUCUUCUUUACCACGGGAAAUAGUUUGUACAGAGAAUUUAACACCAUUUAAGAAAUUAUUACCAUGUGAUUCCAAGAAAGGUCUAGGAACUCUGUUGAAUUCCGCGUACAUUCAUAAUACAAAUUAUCAUUCUCUUGGAAUACAUUUUCGUUCAAUAUGCACUAAUAAAGCAUGCACGGAUACAUUUUUAGAAUUGCAACUAACAGUUUCAUUAAUAUAUGACAAUAUGAUAGAUACGCAGGAUUGGUCAAUAAGGAAAUUUUUUGGAAUAGGAAUUAAAGGAUCGUGUCCUCUUGCGAUAAUAAGUAACAUAUAUAUCGAUAUAUCAAGUAAUAAUACGCAUCAUAUUUAUGAAAUAACACCUAAACCAACAAUUAAACUUAAAAGCUUACGCGGAGGGCAAGAGAAUGAUAUUGCUGUAUAUGAUAUUAGAUCACAUUCUGCUGAAGGGAUGUUUAAUAUUGCAGUUAAACAUAGUACAACAAAGACUGCAGUCAUUAAUUAUCCUUCUAUUCUUUACGCAAACAGGUAUAUUAUAGGUUCUGGUCAACAGAAAGGUAGUUUAGUAACGAAGAUUUAUAAUAAUCAUUGGCAGGCACUUGAUAUUGUAUUAUUAGAAAACAUUCCAUGGUAUCUAUCAGUCUAUUUGCACACUAUUCAAAUUACAUGUAAUGGGAAAAAUGUUGUUCCACUAGCACUUCAUUACAUGCCAGGAAAAGAAAGGAUAAGUCCAUAUUAUUUAGAAUUAAUUUUACGUCUACCACCUCAUUCAGUUACAAAGUUUUCUAUAGAAAUUGAGUAUCUAUUUUUAAAAUGGCAAGAAUAUCCACCUGAUGCAAAUCAUGGAUUUUAUAUGGGUCCAGCUAUUAUCACAGCAUUGCUACCAAUUGCAAGAAAUUAUACUGCUUUACCUCUUGAUGGAAGUAUUAUAUCAUUAAGCUUUAAUGCCUCGCAAGAUAAUUAUUUGGUACAAUUAAGAACAGAAUCUUUACUUAUCAGUCUUCCAACCCCUGAUUUUAGUAUGCCAUACAAUGUAAUUUGUUUAGCAUGCACAGCAGUUGCUCUAGCAUUUGGACCGCUUCAUAAUAUAUCUACAAAGCGAUUGGUAUUGAAAAAUAUUGAAAAAGAUUGGAGAGAUCAAGUAUUUUCCUUCAUCAGAAAAAAGAUUUUUGGAUCAAAAGAAAAAAAGGAAUGAAAAUCGUGCGUGUUAUUUGUCUUUUUUUUAUAUGU